AUGGAUAUAAGGCAUGUGAAGGGCUGCCAAUAUUAUGAAAGAGAAAACAUAAGCGAUUGUGAAGAUGAUAUAAAAAAAAUGAUGAAUAAAUUAUUAUAUGAGAGAAAAAAGAAUUUUCAGGAACAAGAUAAUUAUUGUCACAAUCCUUCAGUAAAUAUUUGUCCUAAUGUUUACUGUAAUAUUUAUACAGAUUUAUAUAAUUGGUUUGGUUUUAAGCAUUGUAUGAAAAUAGAUACAGAAAAUUUGAAUACUUGUUUUACUGAUAUAACAAAUGGAGGUGUAGGGUAUUAUGAGAAGUUGAUAGUUUUAGGAGGAAGGAUUUUAGAAUUAUAUAGUGAAUUACAUUUUUUUAAUAAAUAUAAUUAUGAAAAAGAUGAAGAGGUUGUUGAUGAUCUGAGAAGUAUUAAAUCAAUUAAAGAAGUUGUUUUUCAUUAUUUAUAUGUUCAAAAGAGGAAAAAUCGUGUGGUAUACAGGAACAGUUUAUAUUUAUUUGGAUACUCAUAUUUAUAUACUCCUUUAUUUUUUAAUAAUAAAAAUUCUAUAAUAAAAUAUGUAAAAGCUUGCGUAGCAUAUGCAGUUAAAUUUAGUGGAUCAAAUAUUUUCUCUUGGAUGCCUUCAUUAAUAGAGCACAUCUAUCACUCGCAAAAACUAAAAGUUUCAGAAAUAGAACAAGAAAAUGAACUCAUACAAAAUUUACAAGAAUAUUUAGGUUAUCCUUUUGAUUAUAUAAUACCAAGAAUAAAUGAAUGUUUUAGUCACCACAAUAUAUAUAUUAGUAAUUCUCAUUUAACAGGGUUGCAAAUCAUUAGAAUAUUUGCUAAUGAAUAUUUUUCUCUUUUGGCAGACGAUGUAGGUGUUUACGGGAAAGAAAAGGCUAUAUGGGUAAGAGAAGAAACUGAAGCCUUUUUAAAUUCAAAUUGCAUAGAAAUAUUUAGUGGAUGCAUGAUGUCAAUGAAUAAAUAUUUAAAUGAGAAAAAUGUAAAAAUAUCUAAGAUAAGAAAUAUUUUUGAAAUGAUAUUAUCUUCGUGUUGGGUAAUAGGAAAUGAAAAAAAAAAUAAAAUAUGGGUUAGCGCAUUAAUACAAAGAUUAAGGCAAAUACAACUAUUAACUCAAAUAACUACUAUAGAAAAAUGGUCUUAUAGUAUAAAAAAAUAUAAUGAUAUAAAUAUAAAUAAUUUUGUAAAUGACAUUUAUAAUUUUAAUAAUAUAAAUGGAAGUAUAUUGUCUCCUUUUCAAUUACAAAAUAUAAACACAUAUUUGCCUGCAAAGGAAACUCAAUUAAAGCGAAUCCCUUAUUAUACUACGCUGGCAGAUAAAUAUAAAGAUCGUUUUCAUCAAAAUGAUGAUAAAAAUAUAAAGAGCAAAAAUGAUCAUAAAAUUUAUAAUGUUUUAAAUAGUAUUUCCAACAAUUUAUCUAAACAUUUUAAGCCAAGGAAACAGAAAAUUAUAACUUCACCAAAUGUAAAAAAAAUUAUUCAUGUAAAUAAUAGGAACCUACCUACAGCUAGAAACUAUAAUAAUUCGAAAUAUUGUUGUUCCUAUGAGGAUUUAUCGGGAUAUGAGGUAGAUAAAGACACAUAUGACGAAAAUGAAGAUGAAGAUGAAGUGGAAGUGCAAGAAGAAGAUGAUGUAGAAGAAUAUGAAGAUGAGAAUGAAGAAAAAAUAAAAAAUAAAAAUAAUGGAAUACCAAUUAAGAUAAAAUAUAUUAAAGAUUCCAAUAAUGAUGAAAAUUCUAAAUAUGUUAUAGAGAUACCAAAAAAGGAUCUGAAAGGGAAAGGAAAUAAUAAUCAUAUAAAAGCUGUGCUUUGGGGAAAUAGCAAAAAGGGCUUAGAAAUAAAGAUACCAACUACAAAAAACAGAUGA